GUAUUGAAAAACCACAUUUACAAUGUCAUUGCCAGUGAUUUAUCUCACCAGGAAAGAAACGUUCAGCGCUUGUCAUCGAUUGCACAGCUUAUUGUUAUCUCCGGAGGCAAAUGAAGCGUUAUAUGGAAAAUGCAACAAUUAUAAUGGUCAUGGUCAUAAUUAUACAGUCGAAGUAGUUCUUAAAGGGCCUGUUGAUCCGCACACAGGAAUGGUUAUGAAUAUCUCAGAACUGAAGAAAUAUAUGGAUGAAGCAAUUAUGCAGCCUCUAGAUCACAAGAAUUUAGAUAAGGAUGUCCCAUAUUUUCAAAGUGUGAUAAGUACGACUGAAAAUCUUGCGAUAUUUAUUUGGAACAGUUUGAAGAGUUUACUACCUCGUCCAGAACUGCUGCAUGAAGUUCGUUUAAGGGAGACUGAUAAAAAUUCUGUGUGUUAUCGAGGAAAUUUCUCAAAUAGCGUAAAAAAUGAUCGGCGAGUUUCAGAAAAUGUUGGAUCUACCAUGUCAUCAGAUUCUGAUUAAUUAACAUAAACAAUAAAGACUAUACAGAAGAUAUUAUAUAAUAGUAAGUCUCUGUAAAUUCCUUAAAAUUUGCAUAGUUUCUUAUGAGGGGUAGAGAUUAAAUUUAACUGUUAACCCUUUAACUUACGAUUUAGAUUCGAAAAUGUCGGCCCAAAGUUGUUCAAGCUGGCGCGGCGUUUGUCACUAUUUUCUCGCAUAGUGUACGGUUUAUCACAAAAGUAAAAAUAAUUUUGUGUUUUAUAGUUUUAUAUGAAAAAAUAUUUUGUAAUACUUGCGUUCACCAUACCGGGCCAUGCCCGAAAUGCGUAAUAUUUGCUUCUUUCCCUAAUAUCGUACGCGGGUUAUGCCCGUAAUAUUCACUUUUGGCCUAGCAAUCGCACGCGGGCUCUGCUCGUCAUUUUAAGUUAAGGGGUUAACUGAAUUUAUCUUUAAUCUUAAUUCAAUUUGUCUAAAACUAAAAAAGUAUCAUUAAAAAAGUCUAAAUUAAAGCCAGCAAUUUUAACCGUUUAAGUGCGAAUCAUCGCUGCA